AACGGCGCAAGUCGCGAUUUAAAAUACAACGCAUUCCGUCGUCUUGCAAGCUUAAGUAUAAAUCCAAAUCCAAGUUUAGACACAAAGAAAGAACGGCGGUUUAAAAGGAGUUCGUUGCCUUUCGAUGAUUCAUUUCCAGACGAUCACUGGUCUGGAGUAGACAACGUUUAAAUCGGUCAAAAUAUUAUCUACUUACAAGUCUGUAUUGUGUAUAAGUACAAUGUCGUAUUGAGAUAAAAAAAAAUCAAACUGGUGUAUCUAAAACUUAGUACCUUAACCAUAUUACAUACAUACAUAUAUUGAUGCGUGACUUUAAAUGUUUCUCGUUAAAGAUAAAAUAAUUAAACAAUCACAAAGUACGCGAUUUCGUAAGUCAGUAUAAUUGUUAAAAAUCAAUUGAACUUAAUAAUAUAAACAUUAACGGCUGCUUGUUGCGAAGGACAUAAGCAACUACCUUGGUACGAGGUGUAUGACUUUUAUAUACACAAAGCGUGUUUAUCACGGUUUUAAACUUAUCGUUAGACAGCAGAGCUCCUACAUACGCGUACAUCACGACUCUGCCUAUAAAGUUGAACUACGCUUCGCGCUGAAUAGAAUUUAUACUCCAGGCACAUCGCGCUGCAGCUAUACGACAAAUAUUGAAGAGAAGACUUCACAUAUUCUGAACCGUGAAAUAAUUAUUAUAAAAUCGAUAGUUUUCCAAUUGAAAUAACGCCCUAAUAAAAGCUUGAGGCUAACCAUCGACGUUGUAAAAUUAAAUCGACAGUUUAAACGAACGUUAUAAAAAUUGUACGGUGUACCUGACGGCGUGAUCGAAUUUUUGUCAUAUUUUCGGUGUAUACAUACAUCACAUACAUUCAGAAUUACAAUCCAGUGAUGCAAAAUGUCUCGUACAUCUAGAAUAAAUUUAGAUCGUGAAAUACCCGGUGUCUUGGUGCCGGUUGAAAACAGAACCUCUUUGGCCAGACGAGGUAUAAACAAUAUCAUCCAAGCGUUGCCAGGAACCCAAGGCUGGACCAGAAAUGAAACAGUAUCAUCAUCAUCGUCAUCAUCGUCGUCGUCGUCGUCGGGCACAACGCGCACCGCGAUACCGAGAUGCGCGUCGCAUAGAUCGCGCGGGGUAAACAUGGAGGCGAUGAAAACUAAGCAGAAAAAAUGCGAAAACCUCGAUAUCGCGGCCGUGGAUAACGAGAAGCAAAUUGUGUUCGAGCAAGUUGACCUUUACGCCCAAGGUUUUCCAGUCUUUGAAGAAAUACGGAGACAGGGGAAACUCUGCGAUGUCACGCUUAAGGUCGAUGAUCAAAGUUUCAGCGCUCACAGGAUAGUCUUGGCUGCGACGAUACCAUACUUUAAUGCAAUGUUUUUGAACAAUAUGAUCGAAAGUAAACAAAACGACAUAACACUACAGGGGAUUGACGCUGUAGCUUUAGAGGCAGCAAUUAAUUUUGCAUACAGUGGCCGCAUUACUCUGACUAAUAGCAAUGUUCAAAGUCUUAUGAUGGGUGCAUCUUUUCUUCAUCUACACAAAGUCAGAGAUGCAUGUGCUGAUUUUCUGAAAAAACGAUUUCAUCCACACAAUGCGAUUGGAAUUCGUCACUUUGCUGACACAUUGAGUUGCCUACCUCUUGUUGAAGAAGCCGACAAAUAUAUACAACAAUAUUUUCACGAAGUAUCUGUAGCUGAUGAAUUUCUUGCCCAACCAUUCUCCGAACUCAAAGAAUUGGUCUGCAGAGAUGAACUGCAUGUUGUCUCUGAAGAACAAGUAUUCGAAGCCGUUAUGCGGUGGGUCAGACACGACAAAGAAAAUAGAACAAAAAAUUUACCUGAACUUUUAGCUUCCGUCCGAUUGCCUCUGCUUACACCUCAAUACUUAGCUGAUCACAUUGCCAAGGAAGAUCUUAUUAGAAGUUCUCAUCAAUGCAGAGACUUACUAGACGAAGCUCGUGAUUAUCACCUAAUGCCAGAGAGACGACAUCUCUUACAAAGUUUUAGAUCCCGUCCAAGAUGCUGUAACUACAUAAUGGGCCACAUUUUUGCUGUGGGAGGUCUAACAAAGUCUGGAGAUUCGCUGAGCACCGUUGAAGUGUUCGAUCCAUUCGUCGGUAGAUGGCAGACAUCGGAAGCCAUGACCAUGCUUAGAAGCCGAGUUGGUGUUGCAGUUCAUAAAAAUAAACUGUAUGCCUUUGGAGGCUAUAAUGGUACGGAGAGGCUUUCGACAGUUGAAGUUUAUGAUCCUUGUUUGCGGACUUGGAAUAAAAUUGGCCCCAUGCAGUGUAAGCGCAGUGCUGUCGGUACAACGGCACUAGGUGAUCACCUCUAUGUAUGCGGCGGUUACGAUGGAGUCACUUCUUUGAAUACGGUCGAAAGAUAUUCCCCAAACACAGAUAAAUGGAAAAUGAUUAGUUCAAUGAAUAAGCAUCGCUCUGCUGGUGGAGUGGUUGCAUUCCAAGGCUACGUUUAUGCUCUGGGCGGUCAUGAUGGUUUAUCUAUCUUUGAUUCGGUUGAAAGGUACGAUCCAUUGAGUGGAUUUUGGACUGUUGUUAAACCAAUGCUAACAAGGCGGUGUAGAUUAGGAGUUGCGACACUUAAUGGGAAAUUGUACGUAUGCGGUGGCUACGAUGGAUCGACUUUUCUGCAAUCAGUAGAAGUCUACGACCCUGUUAUUGAUACGUGGAAGUUUGUGGCCCCAAUGAACGUAAUGAGGAGCCGUGUGGCAUUAGUGGCUAACAUGGGUAAACUGUGGGCAAUUGGUGGAUACGAUGGAGUUUCAAAUCUGUCAACUGUAGAAGUAUACGACCCAAGUACAGAUUCAUGGUCGUUUGUUGCAUCUAUGUGCGCACACGAAGGCGGAGUAGGUGUGGGAGUAAUUCCACUCUGUUAAUGUAGUACACAAUUCAUACACCUUUUUCAACCAUCAUCGCUCUACAUCUUCGCUGAUCAGUCAAUUUUGAUUGUAUCGGUAAAAAAUUAGAUGGUUAUAACAGGUUUUACUGACUAAUUUAUUUUUAUAUUAAAGUUUGAGACUUAUGCAGCUGUUAUCUAUUUAUUCGGUAGAGCUUUUAUUGUUCCAUGUGACGUACUAUAAUUAUACAAGACGAACUGACAGUGGAACUGAGGAAUCAAUCGAACCUGGUCUGAUUAGUUUGAAUUAAUUAUGGAAUAUUGUAUAACGAUUGGUAAAUGUCAAAUUUUUUUAUUUUGGAAAUUUAUUUGUCUUGUCUUAUAUGUUUUGGACACAUCUUCAAGCAUACUAAUUUCUUUGAUUGUCAAUUGUAGGUGAUGUAUGUCCCGAACACUGAUAAUUACCACUGAUCUCAUUUUAUACUCUCUAAUCAGUUUUGUUAAUUAUUUACGACUUUUUUUAUAUCAAUGUUAAUAUUAAUCAAUAAACUUUCAUACGCUCAACAAAAAAUUGUUUAAUUUCUCGUUAUAUGUGUAUAUAGAAUAUUCUCAAAUCGAAACCCGAACUAAUUUUCAUCCUUACUCAAAAGACUAAUUAACUAUUAUUCUUAUCCAGCAAAUUAUUAUUACUUGCUUUACAAGCAAAUGUAUGAAACCGAUUCAUCAUUAUGUUUUGAUCUUCAAUCGCUGUAGCAAGUCUAUUAAUUGCACUAGUUUGGGCUCUAAGCAAAUCGCAUUGAUUAAAUGAUGUUUCUUUAAAAGCCAGAGUAGCCAACACUAAGUUUUCUAUAGGGUCCCUAUUAGCCGCGAGCCCUUUUGCACUACUUAGGUUCUUAAUCCCGUGGACGACGGUAUCAGCAUCCUGCUCUUCUAUAACAUGAUAUUUAUUAAAACAGUUUUAGAAAAGUCAAAUUCAUGAUUUAUACCGAACAGGUUGUCAAACAUGCCAAUAAUUACCUGCCAAUGACAGGUGCAAAUCCGCUUCCAACUGAAAGAAAUAAUUUUUUUUGAACUCUGAACCAUAGAUAUCACCAUUAAAGUGGUGUGAAAUACUGCACAUCAUUUUCUAAUAAGUUUUUUAAUGUGAUACUAAACUUACCGGGGUUUCUACAAUUUUACUGGAAGCAGUGCUAACGUUUUGGUCAUAAUUCGAGAGUAUGUGAGAUGUGAAUGAAUGAAAUGCAGUCUGCAAUUGUUUGGUUGAAGUUAUUGCAUCUUCUGAGGCUACAGCCGGAUUCAUUUUUUCAUUAACACUGUCAACAUUUGAUGAUAACAGCGACACUAUCGUUCUCUCCGAUUGAAUAGUAGAGUCGCAAUCAUUUUCAUAAAUACUGCGUUGCUGUAUUGAUCCUGCUGAGAAUUUAUACCUCGUAUAUGAGAUACGUUGUAUAGAACUAUUAUACCUACCUGUACUGACUUGCUCGCUUUCAUUAUCCGUCGUUGAAUUUUCGAGAUUUUUAGGGCUCGAUUCAUUUAAUGAAGGCGACGACAUUGCAAUAAACACUUAUGAUUUUAGAUCUACAAAUGAAUCAACUUAACUAGUUAUGCCACCAUUUUAAUUAAAGAAUAUAACAUUAAUUUCAUUCAAUUCGUUUGAGAAUAUUUAGUGUUGGCUAAAAAUAAUUUUAAAGGUACGCCAAACAAUUGAACGUAUAUUAUUUUUCAACAUUUGUUUUGACCUCAUUCUGCAAUUAACAAUAAACCAUAGCAACUAUAAAUUUUUGUUCCUGGCAACGAUGAUUCUAACUGAAAAACGUUCAGCAGGAAAAAUCGUGCAAUAUUAUUCACUGGUAACAUAUAAUUAAUUAACAUUCCGAAAUGUAUAUUAAUGUGUGUAAUAAUAAAAUAAUAAUUGAAUUUAUUAAAUUGGUACUAAAACUGUUAUCAAAUACUGCCCAUCAAAUUUCUCAUAUACACAUAAACAUACCGUAUUGUUCUGAAUAUAACCCAAGGUUUUUUGUCAUUGACAACACCUGUCAAAAUCGUCCUUGUCUUAUACGUGGACCCGUUUAUGUACGGAUAACCAAGAAAAACAUCCUGAAAUACUGUUUCAGAAUUGGGGGUCGGCUUAUACUCGGAACAAUGCGUUACAUGUAUAUCUUUAUGGUAUAUAACAUCACCAAUUGAUUAGCAAGUAGAUUAAGUAUAUAAGAAUUA